AUGGCUCAGUCUAUACAGAUGACACCGUAUGAUUAUCCGUAAGUAAAAUUUGUCAGGCAGGCAGUGCGUUGGAUGUGUGAAAACAACAUCCAAAUAGGUAUUUAAUUGUUGGAAUGGAAUUACUAACUAAAUAUAGACCUGAAAAGCCCAAAAAGGAGCCAUGGAGGUUCAGCGAGCAUAAAUAUAAGUUUUACAUCACAGGUAUAAUAUUGUUUAUAAUCAGCGUAUUGAGGUUUAUGACUAUGGGCAUACCUUCGUUGUAUGCGCCGAAUUUUUCAUCGUAUCCGUCGGUUCAGUAUUUCGAUUUAGCCCACUACGAUGGGAGCGAGGACGGCUGGCAGCGAGAAGAAAGGGUGUUAUUUUGCGUGCCAUUAAGAGAUGCAGCGGCCCAUUUGCCGAUGUUCUUUGGCCACAUGAAAAACUUGACAUAUCCACAUAACUUAAUCGAUUUGGCGUUUUUGGUGAGUGAUUCGUCGGAUGACACGAUGGGAUCGUUGAAUAAACAUUUACUUGAAAUUCAAAACGACCCUGAUGUGUCCAUGAGAUUUGGAGAAAUCGAAAUUUUCGAAAAGGAUUUUGGCCAAGCUGUUGGUCAAGGGUUUUCAGAUAGACACGGUUUCGCAGCUCAGGGUCCAAGACGUAAACUUAUGGCAAGAGCCAGAAACUGGUUGUGGUCUGUCGCAAUUAAACCAUAUCAUUCAUUUGUAUACUGGAGAGAUGCUGAUGUUGAGACAUCACCGCCUACAAUUUUGGAGGAUCUAAUGCAUCAUGAUAAGGACGUUAUUGUUCCUAACGUAUGGAGACCACUUCCGGAUUGGUUAGGCAACCAACAACCAUAUGACUUGAAUUCCUGGCAAGAAUCCGAUGGUGGUCUUCAAUUAGCUGAAAGCUUGGAUGAAGAUGCAUGUAUUGUUGAGGGAUAUGUAGAAUACCAAACGUGGAGACCACACUUGGCGUACUUAAGAGAUCCUUAUGGUGACCAAGAAGUGGAAAUGGAAUUAGACGGUAUUGGUGGGGUUUCAAUUUUAACUAAGGCCAAAGUGUUCCGUAGUGGUUCACACUUUCCAGCAUUCUCAUUUGAGAAGCACGCAGAGACAGAGGCAUUUGGUAAGUUGUCUAAGAGAAUGGGCUACUCAGUUGUUGGGUUACCACACUAUGUCAUUUGGCACAUCUAUGAACCUUCUUCGGAUGAUUUGAAGCAUAUGGAGUUUAUGGCUUUAGAGGAAGUUAGACAAAAUGAAGAAGCAAAAAUUAAGAAAGUGUAUGACAAAGUUUGGGAUAAAGCUUUUGAGGAUGUUCAAGGCCGUUGGUCUAAGGAAAAGCAUCUGUUCUUGAAGAAUACUGAUUUAUCGCAUUUGAAACCAAUCCAAGUAGAUUGGCCAGGGGUUGAUGACUGGAAGAUUGAUAGCUCAAAAAAUGAUAAGCAGUUAGCAGAUUUCAAUCCUUAA